AGCGAGCUUCGCUAUGCCUGUUAUGGGCCGGGCAAAGAGUCGCCAUAUCUGCCAGCCAUCAAAGCCUUGAUCUCGAAAGAUCUUUCCGAGCCAUACAGUAUCUAUGUGUACCGGUACUUUCUGUAUCAAUGGGGCGACUUAUGCUUCAUGGCUCUCGAUGAGCAUGACACGCUUGUUGGAGUCAUCGUCUGCAAGCUCGAGCCCCAUCGCGGCGGCCCCAUGAGAGGCUACAUCGCCAUGCUGGCCACUCAAUCCGCAUACCGCGGCAGGGGCAUCGCCACCAAGCUUGUUCGCAUGGCUGUCGACGCAAUGAUUGCCAGAGAUGCAGACGAGAUCGCGCUGGAAACAGAAGUCGACAAUGUUCCCUCGCUCCGAAUCUACGAAAAUCUCGGUUUCGUCCGCACCAAGCGAUUGCACAGAUACUACCUCAACGGCAACACUGCUUUCCGCCUGAUCCUGUAUCUCAAGCCUGGCAUC